AUGAUCACAAAGUACUUUUCGAAGGUCGUAGUAAAGUUCAAUCCAUUUGGGAAAGAAGCCAAAACCGCCAGACUACUGCUAAGCUCAAUUCCACCAGCACAAAGGUUACAAGGUACACAGAUUCAGAGCGAGAUACUGCAUGCUAGUUCUAGCAAAACUCCUAUAGUCAAGAUAACAUACAAGGAUAAGAAAGAAAUGGAACUAGACCCUUCUACUGUGACAUUCCAAGAGUUGGCUAGUUAUUUCGAUCGUCAUUCCAGACAGUUAAAGUUGAAGGAGAGUAUUGAAAAUAGUUGA